AAAAUUAGAAGACACAUAUAUAGGAAAUAUUUUUUUAUAAAAAAAAAGAUAAUAUUCUACCCUAGAUAAACCCCAAACGACUUACAAUUGUGUAAGCCAUAAAUGAAAUGACAAGAUAAAAGGGUUCUCUUUCACACACUAAUAUCGAAAUUCAAUUAUACCCUGACUCUGUGUUAGUGUUGUGUUUGUUGUGUGUUGAGAAGCAGAGAUGCAAGGAAGCGCGGCCGACGGAGAAGCCUUGGAUUUCGAGCCUGAGGACGAUGACUUGAUGGACGAGGACGGCGCCCCCGACGCCGACGCCGACGCUUCUCCACCUCAACCUAAGCUCAAAUCCGCCAUCACCCCCGCCGCCACUUCCUCUCUCUCCGCCCCGAAGAAGACCAAGGGCCGCGGAUUCCGCCAGGACACUGACGCCAACCGCAACACUCGCCUCUCCGGCACCGACUUCGACUCUCUCACCGCCGAGGGCGGCCCUGGCCCUCAGAGAUCCAUUGAGGGAUGGAUCAUUCUGGUCACCGGCGUGCACGAGGAAGCGCAAGAGGACGAUUUGCAAAAUGCCUUUGGUGAAUAUGGAGAGAUUAAGAACCUGCAUUUGAAUCUCGAUCGCCGCACUGGUUUUGUCAAAGGUUAUGCACUGAUUGAAUAUGAGCGUGCUGAAGAAGCUCGAAAUGCAAUAGAGAAUUUAAAUGGAUCUGAGCUUCUUACCCAAACCAUUUAUGUUGAUUGGGCCUUCAGCAGUGGACCUAUUAAUGAGUCAGUCAGAAGAAAGAAUGCUAGACCACCUCGUGAACGGCGUUCCAGGAGCCCCCGGAGGAGAUACUGACAUGUGUAUUGAGUAAAUGUUUGUGUUGAUGUGUGUGGACCCUUAAACGUGCGGCUUGAUUUUUCCGUGGAGGAUUUUUCUGAUACUUGUGCUUCCGUCAGGCAAAAUGCAUAUUUGAUGCUGACGAUUCUCAUCUAAUACAUCCUUUGUUGAAUGGUAUAAACUUUUAGCUAGUUUAUUAUGGUGUAUGGUAUUUAACAUACUAUUGUUUCAUUGUAGUAAUGUGUUUUGGACGUGCUUUUUCUUACAUGUAAUGGUGUUAUGUUGAGGAACGUAGGAUCGCCUUUCGUUUGAAGCUUGUUUCUGUUACAUGUUAAAGUGUGCCUUAGUGUCGCAUUCUCUUUUUCUUUUGUUGCAAUACAUCUUCCUUUCUUUUUAUUUUGGUCAAAUAUAAAUUUUCCUUUCGUUCAA